AUGGAGCUCCUAGAGGAAGAUCUCACCUGUCCCAUUUGCUGUAGCCUGUUUGAUGAUCCUCGUGUCUUGCCCUGUUCACACAAUUUCUGCAGAAAGUGUCUGGAAGGAAUUCUUGAGGGAAACGUGCGGAAUGUGCUUUGGAGGCCGUCCCCUUUCAAGUGCCCCACGUGCAGGAAGGAAACUCCCGUUACUGGAGUCAACAGCUUGCAAGUCAACUAUUCCCUGAAAGGUAUCGUGGAGAAGUAUAACAAAAUCAAAGUAACUCCAAAAAUGCCUGUGUGCAAAGUGCACAGCGGGCAACCCCUUAACAUUUUUUGCCGGACAGACAUGCAGCUGAUCUGUGGGGUUUGUGCCACCCGUGGUGACCAUACAAAGCAUGUUUUCUGUUCUAUUGAAGAAGCUUAUUCCCAGGAGAAGCGGGCUUUUGAAACCCUGUUUCAGGGCUUUGAAACUUGGCGUUGUGGAGAUGCCCUCUCACGGCUGGAUACCUUAGAAACCAGUAAGAGGAAAGCUCUGCAGAUGCUGACCAAAGAUUCUGACAAAGUGAAGGAGUUCUUUGAGAAGCUGCAGCACACGCUGGAGCAGAAACGAAAUGAGAUUCUCUCUGACUUUGAGACCCUGAAGCUUGCAGUGAUGCAGGCCUAUGAUCCGGAAAUCAAUAAACUGAACACAAUUCUGCAAGAGCAACGGAUGGCUUUUAACAUCGCAGAGGCCUUCAAAGAUGUGUCUGAACCCAUUAUAUUUCUGCAACAGAUGCAGGAGUUCAGGGAAAAAAUCAAGGUGCUCAAAGAAACCCCUUUACCUUGUUCCAGUGUGGACAUCAGCCCUACAAUUAAGAGUUUUGAUACCAGCCAGUGGAAUGGAAUAAAACUAGUUGAUGUGGACAAACUUUCCUUGCCUCAGGAAAACAACACUCUUAAAUUCAAGAUUCCCUCGGUCUUGUCGCGCAGAUUUAUAGUGAACUCUCUUAUUUGCUUGCUUAUUCUUGCUGUCACCAGAAUGUCCUUUGUGGAGUCAGUCGUUGACAAUCUCCAGUGCUGGAAAUCUCAAUUCUUUACAAUUAGCUUGUCCUAUUUGGCAGAUACAGUGGAGAUAGCAGACCAUGCAGUCUUUUACUGGGAACAGAUGACAGAUGGAGCUUCACUUCUAAGAGAAAAGUGUAAAAACUAUACGUUGGUUGUACUGGAUAAUGUUGCACAGUUUGUGUGCAAAUAUAAACUGUUGUGAAGUCCUUGCUGAAAUAUAAGAACUAAGAGGGAUCUGGUGAAGAAAACAUAGAACUUCUUAAAAUUAAUUGGUUUUUUAAGACUUCCGGUGAAAACAUUCAAAGAUUCAAAAUGUUUCCAAAACAUUCAUACUGUUCACAUAGUUUGAGCACUGAUAAACUGGAAGAUGAAAUGGAGCUUUGCAAAACACAUGGUUUCUGGAUUCUUCUUUCAGUGGUGAUUAUGUGAAUAUUAUUCACUGUAAAUCAUUUUUCUUACCAAAAUAUAGGGCCAAACUGUGUAGUUAGUUUAAUGUUAAUGUAAUUGUAGAAUAAGAUAAAAAGUGUCACUUCCUAAAAGGUCAUAGUUUAAAAAAAAUUUUUUCUGACUGGGAGGUGGUUUGGAAAGAGGAAGAACAGUUGUGAUUGAGAAGAGCGCUGUACUGAGAGGCUUGUUGAGGAUUGCCCUUCCACUGCAAAAUACAGAGUGCAUCAUUCACAUGCUGGAACCACUUUGUAUCUGAGGAUGUUACUUCUCACUGAAAUAGGUAUAUGUAUUUUUUUGUAUAACCAAAUGUUGUAAUUAUCCUGUGCAUUCAGAUUACUGUAGAUAUUGGUUAUUGUUUACAUGUUCUGUACAAAAAAUAUAUCUUCAGGGCAAGCAUAAAUUCUAGGGGUCAAGAGAAAUCAGUUGAGGUUGAUAAGAGGAGAACAAGCUGCAAGA